GAGAAUAUCGAAGAUGUCUGCUAAAUAUGGAAAAUUAUGCUGUCUUCUAUUGUUAGAGCAUUUUGGGGAAAUCGUUGAAAAGGUUGCGUGCGAUCUUAUGAAAUGGGGUACAAAACCGCUCAGAUUAAUUGUGGCUACUACACGUUUACCUCCGCCGAAGGUGAAGCAGGCCCUGCGGAUCCUUAUUCAAUAUGGUUUUGUAACGUUUUCCUCCAGCCAAGUUGCUUCUGUUGCUGAGUACACAGUGAAGCCAGAAAAAAUUAUAUUACUUCUUCGUUAUCCUAGGUAUCUGCUGUUAAUAAAGACAAGGUUCGGUGAUGAGGCUGAAAUGAUCGUAGAGGAAACCUUAAGAGUUGGUCAAGACACAGCAUCAAGUAUCAUUAUUAAGGCAGCAACACGACUGAAAGAGACUCUGAAAGGUGAUGGUAACUUAAAUCUGGUUACACUGCGUGACAAAUUUUUCCUGCUUAUAAGUAAACAAUUUCUGAUGAGAUGCCCAUCUGUUUCGGAGGAAGCAGAUAUCCCUGCCCUAAAAGUAAAGGAACGAGAAUUAUAUCUGCCUCCAGAACUGAAUAUGAAGGCUCUGAGUAACAUGGAAAAGCAAAUACAAGAUAAACCAGGAGAUGAUGGCAUCUAUUGGAGGGUAAAUUAUGAUAGGUUUCAUCAAGAAUUCAGGGAUCAGGUGAUGGUUGCUGCCAUAGGUCGCCGAUUAGAUGAGAAUGCUGCAGAACUGAUGAAGCAUCUCUUAAAUCAGAUGUACUUGCGCACAGAGCCGUGGGCUGCAACAUCAAACCCUAUUCCAUACACAGAAUUGAAAGAAGCCAUAAGAAAGUCAACUACACAUCCUCAGUUGCAACAGUAUCUUGACCAAUAUCUGAAGAUGUUAGAGGAAGAUUCAAGUCAGUUCGUGGGCAAGGAUGGGGACAGCGGUGGAGGGCAGUACGUCCUCAACAUAAAGGAAGCCUUUACUCAGCUGACUUGGACAACUAUUGAAAACACUGUUUUGGAACGCUUUGGUUCAAAAGCAGCUAGGAUAUUUAGGUUGGUUAGAGCAAAGGAGUUCGUGGAACAAGAACAAAUACAACAGUUGGUGAUGAUCCCAGCAAAAGAAGCUAAACUGUACACAUAUCGAUUGUUGCAAGAAAAUUUUAUACAAAUGCAAGAACUGCGCAAGACAAUGUCUACAAAUCAGCCAAAUAAGACAUUUUUUCUGUUUCAUAUAGAUCUAAACCAGGUGGCAAGAAUGAUGCUGGAAGUGUGCUACCAUGCUACAUACAAUGCAAUGAUACGCAGGGAGCAUGAAAAGAAUGAGAAUCGUAGACUUAUUGAGAAGCAGCAGCGUAUUGCCUCCAUAACACAGAACUUGCGUGAGCAGGGAGCAACUCCAGAACAGUUAGCCGAGAUUGAAGAAAUGUUGACACCACCUGAACGCAGUCUGGUAGAGAAAGUCAGGAUGAUGCUGAAUAAGCUCAGUAUGGCCGAACUGCAGCUGGAUGAAACAAUCUUUAUAUUGCAAAUAUUUCUAAAUUACUGAAUUAAAGUUAUGUUGAAUAAUGUC